AUGGUGCUUACGCCCCCCGCCUGGCGUACGCUGCACAUGCUUCUCCGUUGGCGUACACAGCCCGUGCCACACCUCUGGCAUAUGGACACCACGCUGCGCCCCUCGCUCAUGCCACCAUUGCAGCACCUCUGGCCUACAACACUUACGCCGCACCUCUGUCUUACCGUACCAUCGCUGCACCUCUUGCCUACGGCGCUGUCGCGUACGGUUCCCAUGGAGCUUAUGGAGCCUAUAGACAUGCCGCCCGUUACAACUAUUAAAUUGUUUAUGAACGAAACGGACCAAUUUGUACAAUUAUACUAUUAUUAUUUAUUGAGAAAA